AGGCAGUGGACGGCCUGUGCUUGGUGACACUUCUUGGAGGGGAGAAAGAGGGGUUGUAAGAGGAGAGGGCAACGUCAUCUGGAGUGGAUUUCAAGGCAGGACAAGCUGUCAGAGAGAAGGGCAGAGGUGUGAGGAGUCACUGGGGAAGAAGGAACAUGUUGGAGGGGAAGACAUUGGCAUAGAAACACAAGGAGGCCCUUCAAAACAUGAGGCGCUGAGAGGAGGAGGAGGAGGAGGAGGAGGAGAAAAGAAGGACCUAAAACACUUUGUCUGGAUCGAGCGGAUAAGAUUCGAGGAAAUUAAAAGAUACAAGGCAAAACAGGAAGUAUGGGGUGCGUUCACAGUACAAGCACUGGCCAGAUGAAGAAACCUCAUACUGACACAGGAAGAAUCCACAUAAAGGCAGACCCCGAGUUACAUCCUGAAGUCCUGCAACUUUCCCAGCUCGCCAAAGCAGGGAGCCACACCUUCACGGAGAGGAGCUUCAAGAGGAAACGGGUGUGUGAAGUGUGCAAGCAGAACAUCGACAACCCCGGGGCCUUCUGCAGGGAGUGCAAGGUUGCAGUUCACAAGACAUGUGAAGCCAAGGUGACUCCCACCUGCACCCCAACACCAGACCUGCACGGCUCCACUAAAUCCACACCACAGAAGAAGAGAGGCUCCCUACCAAGGAAUAAAGGUGUGGAACAAGUGAUGGAGCAUGUGAUGGAGCGCCACUAUGACUUUGACCUCACCUACAUCACGGAGAGGAUCAUCUCUGUCUUCUUCCCACCAGACCUGGAGGAGCCACGGUACCGCAGAAACCUGCAGGAAGUGGCCACCAUGCUUAAAUCAAAGCACCAAGACAAGUUCUUGCUACUGAAUUUAUCAGAGAAGAGACAUGACAUCACCAGACUUAACCCAAAGGUGCAGGAUUACGGCUGGCCUGAUCUUCACGCCCCACCCCUGGAUAGGAUUUGUGCUGUUUGUAAAGCCAUGGAGACCUGGCUGAUCUCUGACCCCCACAACGUGGUAGUUCUCCACUGCAAGGGGAACAAAGGCAAGACGGGGGUCAUCGUGGCAGCCUACAUGCACUACAGCAAGAUAUCAGCUGGAGCGGACCAUGCUCUCACCACCCUAGCAAUGAGAAAGUUCUGUGAAGACAAAGUCUCCUCUUCCCUAGAGCCCUCUCAGAACAGGUACAUCUACUACUUUGGCGGUUUGCUAUCCGGUACCAUCAAAAUGAACAGCAGUCCUCUGUUCCUCCACCAGAUCCUCAUUCCAUCACUGCCAAACUUCCAGGCAGGAGGAGGUUUCUACCCUUUCCUGAAAAUCUACCAGUCUCUACAGCUGGUCUACACUUCAGGCAUCUAUGAUCCCCAGAGCUCCAGGGCAAGGAAGCUGUGUGUUACUAUGGAGCCAGCGCUAUUAUUAAAGGGGGACAUUAUGGUGAAGUGCUACCACCGGCGGAGUCGAGCAUCGGAGAGGGAGGUGGUGUUCAGAGUCCAGUUCCACACCUGCACUGUUCACGGAGCCCAGCUGUGGUUUGGCAAGACUGAACUGGACCUGGCCUGCACAGAUGACAGGUUCCCUCCAGAUGCUACAGUCGAGUUUCUCUUCACCAAUGGCCCAGAAAAAAUGAAAGGACGAGAAUACCGCAAGAAUGACACCUUCAUCAAAGUGGACUACAACACCUCAGACCCUGUGGUCAGAUGGGAUUCUUAUGAGAACUUCAACCUGCACCACCAAGACAGCAUAGAAAAUAUCUGUCAUACGAAGGGCCCUCUGGACGGCAGCUUGUACGCCCAGGUGAAGAAGCGUCGCGGGCUGGGCUCGACUGCCUCAGCAGCGUCACUCAACGGAUGCCUCACCAGCAGCCCAACAGUCAAGCCUCAAACUCCCAGCCACCCCCAGCCUCUAACCUAUAUCUCUGACUCCUCAGUCACCUCUGAUCACGUGGAAGAUGCCUCUAUGCACAUAAACCGCCCAGAAAGACAGAACACUGACUGUCCAUUCAGGAGAGGAGAGGGGGAAGGUGGAGCAAAUGAGCAAACAAGAGGGAAAGAAAAGGAUAGAGAGACGGCGAUUUUGGAUGAUGAUGACCCAUCAAGUCCUGGGGGCUUGAGGCGAGAGCCGUCGUGCUGUGGUCGAGCAGGUACAAAGUGUGGCGAUGUCGGAUGGCAGAGGGAACGAGGGCCCUGCCUUCCUAACGGGCAUUGUCUCGGCCGUUGCAACAGUAUUAAAAACCAUCCAAAUAGCCAAACGCUGCCAGCCUUAACUUCCAAAUCUGUGUCCCCGCCUCCUCAUUCAACUCAUAUGGAACUCUGCCAUCGCCACAGUGCCCAUCCAUUACCCGAGUUACCAUGGGAACGUCCACCCCCACCCCUGCCCUGUCUCCACAGGCCUUGCUACCCUUAUUCCACCCUGGAACACACCCACCCACACAGCCACACCCUCCCAGCCUCAAACAGACUCUGCACCGGGGAAGAGUGUCACCUCUUCCAUUAUUCCAGCCACAAUCCAGCCUCCCAUGUGUCCCAUCAGUCACUGCCCUCGAGCCCUUAUAGGGAAAUGUUCUUCAGCCCUCCAGCACCGUCCCCUGGUUGCCCAUGUCGGGACUGCUCCAGCAGGCGAGAGCACCAAUCUGCCUCAGUCAGAUCAUUCCACUCUUUGCACCCUGACCAAUCAGAAAGCCCACACUGGUCCCAAGGAGGGUUACAACAAACAAGAGAGGUGUCCCCACCAUGGGAAAAUGAAAAUCCAUGGGAGGUGGCAAAAGAGGCAGAAUUCUGGCAGAGCAAAUCAGCCAUGCCAACAUUUCGCGUGUGUCACUCCCCUUUGGAUCAGGGUCCAAUCCCGGAACAACCUAGAUAUGCAAUUGGACCUCACCAGGGAUACCCCAGCCCCCACUCUCUGAUAGAGGUGCGGGAUGGAGGCAGCAGUGGGUACCACACCCCUCCACAGCCACGCCACUCCUGUCCCUGCUCUCCUUAUCAGUCAUCCCCAGCCGAGAGCCAUGAGAGCCGUGGUUACGCCUCAGGGUACCACUCUGGAUCAGCCUCGCCUCUGCCCGCUGGUAGCCCCUCUCCUGGGAGAGGCAGGUUGCCCGAGACCCUCUCCGGAUCUAGAGACCAGCAGCCCGCUGAGCAUCACAAAGUGGAAAAGCCCAAGAGUGAUGUGGAGGAUGACAUAUCCCAGGGUUCAGAGGCGAAAUCAGACUCCAAUUGCCUGUCAAGCACCCCUGGACUGGACUCUGAUAAUGACUACACAAUUAUUGGUAGCAGCCCUACACACACAGAAUACAGUGUAACUGCUGACAACCCUGCGCAAAGCCAAGAAACCUCUACACAUCUGGAGUCCAACACAAAUAGCAGCAAAAUUGUCACACCAGUACCAAGAGAACUGCAAACCCAAAGUUCCAACAUAUCCAUAAGCUCCACACAACCCUCAAGUGAGCCGAGUUUGAGCUCUGACGGGAAGACCGGAGCAACAGGAAGUGCAGAGGGAUCUAACCAAUUACAGACCUCAAACUAUGCGACUGUCAUCAUACCCCCAGUCCAAGUGCAACUGAAUGGCUCUGCCCUUCCUAGCAAUACCCCAUCUGGCAGCAGCAGAGUUGUAUCCAUGAACCCCUCAGCCAGUCUCAGUUCUUGUUCCCCCAAUACUCCUGUUAACUCCCCAGACCUCCAGUCUUCUCCCCAGUGCUGCACAUCAGCUACAGAGGUAGCAGGACAAAGACUGACUCCAGACAGAGACAGCUCCGCCGACACCAAACCACCAUCACCUGUGCCCGACGGAUAUCACACACCAACCUUCCCCUUAGCGCCCUAUUACUACCCAUUACUAAAUGUCCCUCAUGUACCAUACACAGGGUACACUGCAGUCACCAUCCCCACCAUCCAGCCACCGCUCCCCGAGAAGAAAAGGCUUUCAGGCUCACCAGGAUCCACGAAUGGACACAACUCUCUACUCCGGGCUUCAUCAUCUCCUUCCCCCACGCACCAUGUCACUUUCUCGCCCUCUGUGGGAGAGGAGAGACGGGGGUCUGUGCAACACAGCUGUAGGGAGGAGGCAGACAUCAGGGUCAAUGCCAAGUUUGUCCAGGACAGCUCCAAGUAUUGGUACAAACCAGGUAUCUCCAGAGACCAAGCCAUAGCUGUUUUGAAGGACAAGGAGCCAGGAACUUUCCUCAUCAGAGACAGUAACUCCUUCCAGGGGGCCUACGGUCUGGCCCUCAAGGUGGCCACCCCACCUCCUAAUGCCAAUAUCAUUGGCGGCAAAGGGGAUCCUCUGGAACAGCUGGUGAGACACUUCCUCAUCGAGACAGGGCCACGGGGAGUGAAGAUCAAGGGCUGUCAGAACGAGUCCUACUUCGGAAGUUUAUCUGCCCUGGUGUACCAGCAUUCAAUUACUCCCAUCUCUCUUCCAUGUGCCCUUCACAUCCCAGAAAGAGAUUUGGUCGGGGAGCUUCAGGAGAUGCAGCCUGCAUCAAACACCAGCACAGCGGCUGACCUCCUCAAACAAGGAGCAGCUUGCAACGUGCUGUACCUGAACUCUGUGGAAACUGAGUCAUUGACGGGACCCGAGGCAGUUUCCAAGGCAACCAAGUGUACUUUGGCUCUGAGUCCACGUCCAGUGGCAACAAUGGUCCACUUCAAAGUGUCCGCUCAGGGCAUCACUCUAACAGACAGCAAAAGAAGGCUGUUUUUCAGAAGACACUACCCAAUCAGCAGUGUGACUUUCAGCAGUGUCGACCCCCAAAACAAGAGGUGGACUAAUUCUGAUAGCACGUCAAGCAAGAUAUUUGGCUUUGUGGCGAGGCGGACAGGCAGUGCUACAGAGAACGUGUGUCACCUGUUUGCAGAGAUGGAUCCCGAGCAGCCAGCUGUGGCCAUUGUCAACUUUAUCAACAAAGUCAUGCUGGGACCACAGCUACACAGAUGAGAGAGCAGGAGAAUUUGAAAACUCUGGACUUUUUGGGAUCUGGGGAAGAUAUUGAUAUGAUUGUGACAGAUUUGUCAAUAAAAAAAAAAUUUGAUAUGCCAAAGACUGACAUAACUUUAGUAACCUUUGCCAAAUGAGAUUGAAGUAAGAGUUUUGGGAGUGUUUUUGUUUGCUUUGGUUUGAUUUUCUUGCCAUUGCUAAAGUUGUUAUUUUAUUUGUUAUCCUGUUCACACAAUGUACCACAAACUUCACAAACUGUGUGACAAUCCACAUACCACAGUAUUAUUUGUAUCAAAGUUUCUCUACAUCGACAUUUAAAGCCGAAGGGAAAACAGUUCAGACGGUCUUCAACAAUGUAGUAGAAUGUAAGAGUCGCGGUUUAAGUGUUAGUGGUAUCAUGGCAAUUUUAAAUAUGCAAUGUGAGGCAGCGAUUAAGUGAAAGAGGUUAUGUAUUUUGAUUAUCUAAUCAGAAGGUUCUUCAGCUACAGUAUUUUAUACAUAUUUGUAACAAUUAGCAUUUAGUUAUCGCUGUAACUUUACUAUUAAAAGUGUAUUUUUGUUGAAGUGAUAACCACAGAUGUAGUACCAUAUUAUGCUAAACCUACCUACAAUUUAAAACAGACCGAUAGAUUAUUUAAUAAAAUGUUGUGUAGCUACUGCAUUAGCAAAUAAAAGGGAGGUCAGCCUUAAAACUGAAUUAACAAACAUAACAUGAAAGUUCAUAGACAUAACAUGAAUAUUUACAACUUUUCUACAGCUACAAAAAACAAAAAGCCAUACCUUGUGAAAUUUAAAGUGUGAUGGAAUCAAAGGACGUGCUCAUCUGUCAAUAUAAAAAGAGCCUCAAGUCUCUCCAUAUCACAGAUUAGUCUUGACCCUGGUUAUAUGCCUAUUUGACUAACCAAUAUGGCAACACAUAAUAAGUGAGUUAUGUUUAAAGGGUGAAGUUUCAGUUUAAGCCAAAGACUCUGUUAUCAUGUAAAGAAAUUUGUUUGUUUUUUAAUCAACACAUUUUUGUUGUUUGGUAUUUGUGUGUUUUCUAUAAACGGAUACAGUAUUUAGAUGACUUCAGCACAAUCAUUAUUUUUCAUAAUGUAUUUUUAUGUAAAAGAAGUAAUAUAUUUUAUUCCUCUGAGGUGGUGAGAAGAAUGGUAUAUGUCAUAUUUGACAGGAAAUUUGAGUAAUAAAAUCACAUCAAAUGCAA